AUGAAUGCAAAAAAAGAAAUUAUUUUAGCGAUAGAAAAUUUUCAGAAGCAGGUAAAGGAUAAACUUUUGUCCAGAAAAGCCUCGGAAAAAAUAGUGGUAUUUAAUAAAAGAGUAGAAAAUGCCAUUAAUAAAUUAUCUUCUGGGAUUGGAGAUUUUCAGGAAGAAGGGCAAAUGACAUUAUUGAGGGAAAAAUUAGAGAAAAGCAUUAAGCAAAUAGAAGGAAUGAUAAAAGUAUCAAGACAUAAUCUUUCUUCCGAAA